AUGGAAGUAAAAAAUUUAACUGGGGCUCUUGCCCCAUCCCCUCUAUCCACCACAGCCCCCCAGGACCUGAUGGAUGUCUCCGUGAGCAACCUACCGCCCUUAUGGCAACCCAGCCCCCGGAAAUCCUCCUGCUCAUCCUGUUCACAGAGUGGCUCCGCUGAUGGUGGCUCAACCAAUGGCUGCAACCAUGAGAGGGCUCCCCUGAAGCUCCUCUGUGACAAUAUGAAGUACCAGAUCCUUUCCAGAGCCUUCUAUGGAUGGCUUGCCUACUGCAGACACCUGUCCACUGUGAGGACCCACCUGUCAGCCCUGGUCAAUCACAUGAUCGUGUCUCCAGACUUGCCCUGUGAUGCCGGACAUGGGCUGACGGCCAGGAUCUGGGAGCAGUACCUUCAGGAUAGCACAAGUUACGAGGAACAGGAGCUUCUACGCCUCAUCUACUAUGGAGGCAUCCAGCCGGAGAUCCGCAAGGCCGUGUGGCCCUUCCUCCUGGGCCACUACCAGUUCGGGAUGACAGAAACAGAAAGGAAGGAGGUGGACGAGCAGAUUCACGCGUGCUACGCACAGACCAUGGCUGAAUGGCUGGGCUGUGAGGCCAUCGUGCGGCAGAGGGAGCGGGAAUCCCACGCGGCUGCCUUGGCUAAAUGCUCAUCAGGGGCCAGCCUGGACAGCCACCUGCACCGGAUGAUGCACCGGGACUCCACCAUCAGCAAUGAGUCCUCCCAGAGCUGCAGUUCAGGCCGCCAGCACGUCCGCCUGCAGAGUGACUCCAGCAGCAGCACACAGGUGUUUGAGUCUGUGGACGAAGUGGAGCAGGUGGAGGCAGAAGGCAGGUUGGAGGAGAGACAGCCCAAGAUCCCCAACGGGAACCUGGUGAAUGGCACCUGUUCCCCGGACUCCGGCCAUCCGUCAUCCCACAACUUCUCCUCGGGCCUCUCGGAGCCCUCGGAACCCAGCCUGAGCACGGAGGACGGUGUCAUGGACGCCCAGCGGAAUGCCCCUCUGGUGCUUCGACCUGGGGACAGCAGCGUGGAUGACGGGCAGAGCAGUGAGGCCACCACCUCCCGGGAUGAGGCCCCCCGCGAGGACCUGGCCGUGCAGGACAGCCUGGAGAGCGACCUCCUCGCCAACGAGAGCAUGGACGAGUUCAUGUCCCUCACUGGCAGCAUGGACGUGGCCCUGCCCGGAAAGGAGGGGGCCGCGAUGGAGGGCUGGGGAGACAGUGAGGUGGGGAAGCACAGCCGUGUGGACAGUGAGGACAACCUCUCAGAGGAGCCCGAGAUGGAAAGUCUCUUCCCCGCCCUGGCCUCUCUGGCCGUGGCCACUUCUGCCAACAACGAGGCGUCCCCCGUGUCUUCCAGUGGCGUCACUUACUCUCCGGAGCUCCUGGACCUGUACACCGUCAACCUGCACCGCAUCGAGAAGGACGUGCAGCGCUGUGACCGCAACUACUGGUACUUCACGCCCGCCAACCUGGAAAAGCUGCGGAACGUCAUGUGCAGCUACAUCUGGCAGCACAUUGAGAUCGGCUAUGUCCAGGGCAUGUGUGACCUCCUGGCUCCACUGCUGGUCAUCCUGGAUGACGAGGCCCUGGCCUUCAGCUGCUUCACGGAGCUCAUGAAGAGGAUGAACCAGAACUUUCCCCAUGGGGGCGCCAUGGACACGCACUUUGCCAACAUGAGGUCGCUGAUCCAGAUUCUGGACUCCGAGCUCUUUGAGUUGAUGCAUCAGAACGGGGACUACACUCACUUCUACUUCUGCUACCGCUGGUUCCUGCUGGAUUUCAAGCGAGAACUUGUCUAUGAUGACGUCUUCUCUGUCUGGGAGACCAUCUGGGCAGCCAAGCACGUCUCGUCCGCCCACUACGUCCUGUUCAUCGCGCUGGCUCUGGUGGAGGUCUACCGUGACAUCAUCUUGGAGAACAAUAUGGAUUUCACAGACAUCAUCAAAUUCUUUAACGAAAUGGCUGAGCGGCACAACACCAAACACGUCCUGAAGCUGGCCCGGGACCUCGUGUACAAGGUGCAGACUCUGAUUGAGAACAAGUGAGGGCCACCUCACCCCGGCCCUGUCAGCCGUGCCGCCACCCACCUGUCCAGCCCGCUUUUCCUCCCGGCUGCCCCGGGAGCGAGGUCCUGGUGUCUGUUCAUGAGCAUGGACUUCUGUGCAGAGAGAAACUGCCCCAACUUUGGCCGCCAGGCAGGUGGGGUCGAGGGUUUGCCCCUUGAGUUCAGCCUUACGUUUUCCUGUUUGACCAAAGAUUGUCCAAGUCUGGGAUUUCUCCCUUGUGGGAGUUGGGGUUCGUCAGUGGAUGGAGGGAACAGUUUCGUUUGUGGUCUCCAGAAUGGUUGCCUCUCUCUUAUUCUGUCCCAACCCCUCCAAACUGUUCUGUCAGGGGAGACUUGGAGAAGGACUUUUUCUUGGGGAACUAGUGUAGGAGAGGUCUGUGGGGCUACCUCUAUACUCUGAAAGGGGCCUCUGGAGAUGUUCCAGAACAUGGCCGGCAGGCAGGCUUGGAGCAGAGUUUCUGCACCUCCCUCGGCGCUGUUGACAUGGUGCUGGGUGAACCCUCUUCUGAGAGGGGUCGUCCUGUGCAUUGUUGGAAGGUAAGCAGCAUCGCUGGCCUCCGCCUGCAAGAUGCCAGUAGCGCCCCCUCCCCAACCCAGCUGUGACAACCCGAAGGGUUUGCAGAUUUUGCCACAUGUCCCCACUUGAGAAAACCAGUGGCGUAGAGGAGGGGCUGCAAGUGUAUCUCCUUCCCCGCUUUUGUUUAACCACCUGCUCCUGAGGCUUUCUCCCACUUAGAAAAGGCACACAGGAGUCCACAUCUCUCUCGGGACCUGGAUUCUGUUUGUUGUGGUCUCAUUUUUUUUCUCCUCCACCUGACCCCAGGAGAGACUUCUUUCCUUCUUUUCAAGAAAGCCUCUCCCUGAGAGCCUCCCCGGAGAGGGAGGGAAGGGCGGAAGGGCGGAACAGUGAGAAGUGUGGUAGGUGUGAGUUGGCCCGAGGUCCCGCCCAAAGCCCUCCAGGCAGGGUGGAGUCUAGAUCCCUUUCUUCACCUCCUAGGGAAGAUCUCGCCUCUCCUUCUGCACUUUGGGUCUGAUGCUCCAGAAGUUGGGAAGGUGUGUGUGAGUGGCCGCCACUUCAAGGGAGGUGGGGGAAGCUGGCUUUUCCCUAGGUGCCUUUGAUCACUCAGGACAAAGGAAGAACAGGAAGGCAGAGGUCCGCCAGAGUAGACUGUGAUGGGUGUUUUCCUUGGAAAAUAUGCUGAUGAACUGGCCCCCGGAACAUGGAUGGCUAAGUCUGGAAGUGGUCCCCUCCGCGUCUUCACACAAAGGGUCGCCAGUCACAAACAGACCCGGAGUUAGCUGGUUCACCCUGCCUACCUGUCCUUUGAUAGAGCAGUCCUGCCAGCUCUUUUCUGAGAACACACGUGGGAGAAACAGAGUCAGGUUGGAAGGCUCCUCCCCAGAAUGGAAGGUAGGAUUUUGGAGAGGGGAGGAGACUCAUAAGCACAAGGAAGCAUUCACAGAGAGGGUACAUUAGUCCUCUGUCCUGAGCAAACCAGGAGGGGGAGGAACCCCUACCCUGCGUGCUUGUGAAGGCUUGCCCCUGGGCCCCAGUGCCUUCAACUGCAUCCCAACCCCCCAGUCUCCCACGUGGGGCCUCCUGAGCAGGACGGACGAGACCUAAGUGUCCCUUGCCUCUGAAGAAUGUGCUCCGUGAAAAUUGCACCUCCUGGCUCUGGUCCCCACCUUCCCAAGACGAGGAAAACACGUCCAGAUCAAAGUUUUCCUAGCCACUCAGCUCUUCGUUACAGAGGACAUUAUUUUAGCAAGACCCGGGUCCCAGACCUUCCGAUUCUGAUUUAUUUUUCUCGACAGACUAGUCCCAAAGUAUAGCACACAAUCUCUUCUCCGCCUUCUCUCGUGGUGUUCCAGAGAAGUGUCCGUGGUUGUGAUUUGGAACAACUCCUAUUUGUUCAGCUUACGGUGUUUAUUUUGGUCUCUGUACAUCGUGCGUCCUUGUGUCCGGGAAUCAAGUGCGUGGGAGUCAUUCUGUCCGUGGAGUGCCCUCCUCCUUCUCUCAGUGUUGCCAACAUAUCUUGUAACUGUUUACUGAAGAGUUGUGUCUAUAUAUAGAGAAAAUACAUAUAAACAGAGAAAUGUGUGA